UAUCCAACCACGCUGCUGCAGUUAUAUCGUGAUAUCUGCAUUCAAUCUGCGUCUGUCUAGACCUAGUUAUACUCGUCUGUCUAUCUAGCCGUCCCUGGGUCUCUCUUCGUCUGCUGUGUAUCCCCAUCAAUGAUAUAAUUUCAAUGACCGGACACUUUCUCUCCGCUUUCAGGCCAACAGUUAUGGAGAGUACUUCCAAGCCCGCCGACAACAUCCGCGCCAGCUGCGACAACUGCUCACGGUCCAAGGUGCGCUGCAGCAAAGACCAUCCACGAUGUCAACGCUGUAUCUACCAGGGCGUCUCGUGCAUCUACAGCCCGUCCCAACGACCUCGCAAACGGCCCUACUCUGCCAUAACUUUUGAGACGCGGAUGCCCAAGAAGCUAUCACCGCCGCCACCACCACCACCGUCACUACGACCGCCGCCGCCGCCGCCGCUACCGCUACAGCAACAAGAUGCUCUCUUGUUUACCUCAGAAGUGGACGGUCUAUCAAUGGUCGAGGGCAUGAUGCCCUGGCGAGAGCCGGACGCACUCACCUUUUCCGUUACGGCAGGGCCUCCUCCACCAUCAGCGGCGGCACCCUCGAUGACAGAUUCAUCAACGGCAGCAACUGCAGCAACUCUCUCGACGUCGUCUCCGUGCUGGCCACGACUGGAGUUCCAGCCGGAAUUCACCGACCCGCUGCCGCCCUUCUGGCUGCCUGAUCACUGUGCCCAUCUGGCCACGUCGACACUGCAGCGUCUGGAACUACCACCAUCAGCCUGCUCACUGCGGAUCUCGGCCAGCCCACCCCCCACCCCGGGCGCCACGGUGGCGAUGCCGCGCAGCCUCGACACGGUGCUACAGGAGAACAGUGCGGCGAUGGACACACUAUUCACCAUUGUGAACUGCUGCUCCUGUGCGGGGCAGGCUGAUAUUAUCCUCUCACUGACAACCAUCGCCUGCCGUAUGCUUGCCUGGUACCAAGCUAGUCUGGACGGCAACUCUUUCGCCUUGCAACGCCGCAGCAGCAUCAGUAGAUGUUGCAGCAGAAGCAGUCGUGGCUCCGAUUCACCAUUUCCAUCUUGCCCGCUACCAUCAUCAACUGCCGCCUCGUCUUCGUCGUUGUCAUCUACGCCCGCAUCGCCGGCGUGCAGUCUAGCGGAAUGGGUAUCAAUCCCAUCGAUCAACAUCGGUGCCUACACGCUGAACGCAGAGCACUGCGACCGGAUGGUGGCCCAGCUGGUGUUGACAGAGCUGGUCAAGGUGAACAAGUUUCUCGAUUUGUUCGCCGCCAAGUACUGCAUCGGUCUGGCCGGCGCAAAACCGGACCCAGGGAUGGCCAUGUAUGCCGGGCUGGAAACCUUUCUACGCUCGAGGCUGCGUGUGGCAGUAGUGACGGCACGAGAGCAGCUGGAGGGUUAGGGUGGGAGAAUUAGGUGUAUUUGGAACGUCACAUAGAUAUAAAUUAAUGAAGAAGUAAUUACUAACUAGUUGUCAUGUCAUCCUGUAAGGGGACAGCUCCUGCCUUUUCUCAAGAUAAUACAGAUACAGAUUACAGCAAUAU